GAUUCUAAGGUGUCGAUUCUAAGGAUGUUUCCAUGAUAUUCUCAAACCCUUCUGUUCUUAUUUGGUUUAUAUUGUUUCAUAUUUAUUAUUUGGUUCGUUCAUAUCAUAUUGGUUCAUAUUUCUGGUUCAUAUUUCUGUUUCAGGGAAGUUUCGCUAAGUGCUUAGCGUUUCGCUAAGUGCUUAGCGUUUCGCUAAGUGCUUAACGUUUCGCUAAGUGCUUAGCGUUUCGUACGGAUGGUGGUUCACAUCGCUAAACAGUAUCAGAAUCAUGAUCUCAAACUUCAUGAUUUGUUACAGGAAGGGAGCAUGGGUCUUCUGAAAAGUGUUAAGAAAUUCAAGCCUCAAGCUGGUUGCAGGUUUGCUAUUUAUGCAUACUGGUGGAUAAGGCAAUCCAUUAGGAAGGCGAUUUUCCAGCACUCUAGAACGAUCCGCCUUCCAGUAAAAUAUUAUUCAUUUCAAGAAGCUAAAGCAAAAUGGGAGCAGCCAAGGACCUGAUGCCUAUGCUAACUUGGUCAUAUAGGAAAGGAUUUUAGACUAAUUGGAGAGGCUAUUUUUUACUUAUUCUC